AACUCUAAUUGCUGUUUCUGCAGGCUCCUACCUUCUCAUCUUUGCCAUCUGAUUCUGCCACCUGUUGGUUCUCUCAAACUAGCUUUUCUGUUUGAUAAUCUUUCAAAUUCUACAUUCUUGAUCAUUUCAUUUGUUUCGCUUCUCCAAGUUCUUCUGUUUAUUGCCUCUAGAUUUUCGCAUUCUUUCACAAAACAAAAAAAAAAAAAAAGAAAAAAGAAAAAAAGGAAAACGUUCUUCCAUCUACUUUUAUUGUCUUCAACUAAACCUCUCUCUCACUUCUACUCUUGACGUUUUAUUCAUUUAGUAGUUGUUCUUUUCUUGUCUCUGUUGUUCCAUUAUCUGGUUUGUCUUUCAUAUAUUUUUCAAAACCCAAAAAAGAAAAAAGAAAAAGAAAAGCAGAACUAGUAGAUGGCCGAUGUUGCUACUGUUGCUGCUACUGCUGCUGGCAAGGUUACAGGGACCCUGAUUGCUCUUAUUUUAAAUCCAAUUUGGAACCAAAUCACACGUGUCUUCAAGUUGGAGGCUAAUGUUAAGAAUUUGAAGGAAAAUGUUCGGAAGCUGGAGGCUGAAAAGAAGAGGGUGCUGCAAUUUAAGGAUGAUGCUGACAAAUGUGGGAACGAGGUCACACUAAGGGUCAACAAUUGGCUGACUAGCUCAGACAAGUACAUUGGAGAAAUGGAGAAGUUCGAGAUUGACACUGACAAUGCGAAGAAGUGUUUCGCCAGGGUGUGUCCUAAUCCCAAGGCCCGUUACCAAAUUAGCAAGAAGGUAGAGGAGUAUUUGGAGGACAUUGCUCAACUACUUGAAGAAGCUACCAGAAUCAAGAUCCCAAAGGUGCGCAGUGGAACGAAAACCCCAGAGGCAAUAGCUGAAGACGUUGGGGCUAUGAUGAGUCGCAAACGGCUCACGGAGGACGCUGAUGAUAAUAUUGAUGAGCUUGACAUGGCCUUCUCAGAUAGCUCUCGGCCCUUAUUCAAUGAAAAAGACAAGGAUGUCGAGGUGAAUUCUAAGCCUAAUCACCUACUUGAUGAUAGUACUAUUCAAAACAAUCCCAUUAAUAUAGAACACAAUGGUGGUAGUCGUCCAGAUGAGGGGGCUAAGAAAGGUGGUAAGGGUCAAGUCGAAGGUGAGAAUAAGAAAAGGGGUGGCUUGGGUAGUGGCAAAUGGAAGAGGUUAGACCACAAUUUUGCAAACUCCUCCAGGAAAGAUAGGGAAAAGCAUGGUAAGCGGAAGCUCCAAACUACUCUCGUAGCGAAAGAAAGGGCUUUGAAAGUAUUAGUUGAUAAUUCAAGGGUGGCUGUCACUGGAAGGAGUGAGGGUCAUAACCUGUCUCCAGGAUGAGUUCUCUAGUUUGUGGGACGACAUUCAGCAGAAUGGGGACUGUUGGUGCCAAAAAAUCCCUACUCUCCUCGCGAAACUGGUUUAACAAGUGUGAAUGUCCAAUAGCUCUUGAUGCUCAUAAUGACUUUCUUUCUACUUUGGUAGCCUUAUUAUGUCCAUACAGUGAUUGUUUAAGGCAAUCUCUAAGUAUAGAUGACGCUCUUU